CCUUCCAUCCAGCGAGGAUGGGACUAAGGCCGGCUGACGGCUCCGUUCGUCGUCGACGUUAGUUAAGUCGCCUAGAGUGUCCGCGGUCGUUGUCGCCCUUAGCCAUGGUACGGUCCCCGUGAGUCUUGGUACUCUCCCCAACGGCCCCUUUCCUGCUGGAAAACUGAUGUCAGAGGUCUUGGUGCGACAACAUGACGCUCAUGUCGACGACCCGCACGUUCAGCCCCACCCCUCUCCAUCCUUCUACUCUAAUUCUUUGCUAGUCAUUCCUCGUCGCGUGCUUGGGUUUCCUCCCGGAGCAAUUUUGGCACUUUCGAUGGAGUCAGCGCUUUCACUUAGUCGACCGAGUCGGGCAAGUUCACUGCACGUUACAGCGUUACGAAUGCCAGUUCUUUGGGUUAUGAAUCUCACAAUCCUCACCACUUGCUCAUAUCUUAUCCCUGGUCCCGUAUCCCCUGGCUCAAUCUUCCCUGGUAAUGCAGCAGACAAGCACCUUUCCGGAUCGGAUACACGACUCCAAUGCGUCCCAUUUUACGGCCUCCCGCCAAGUACGCACACCUCGACGUCUAUUCUUCUGUUGCAGGGAGAACCCCACUGCUCUGGAUGGGGAACAUAAGCGAGGGGACUGUCUCCAUGCAAUACUCGCCGGUUAUCUUCAGGGUGGGUCACAUCAACCAUGAUUUAAUGCUACGAAUCAUAUUUCUGUCACCUCCGGUCCAGCAAGGAUGGAAUUGAACUUCUGCCCCAAGGCCGGAUCACAGCUCCAAUUGUCGUCGAAAUUAGCAAGUCGUUUAGG